CAGAGUGUCAGACGACAUAACUUCAGCUAUACACAUUCAGCUGAAUGUGUAUAAAGUGAAAACAAAUAAAUAACUGGAGUCACGCGCGCUACAAGUUAUAAUAAUGGCAAACACAACUGCGGAUACAACCGAUAACUAUGACCAGUUUGACGAAGAGGAAACUGAACAGCAACUAGGAGCUACAGCGUCAGGUCGCAAAAGGUUAUUUAGCAAAGAACUGAGAUGUAUGAUGUACGGCUUUGGAGAUGAUCAGAAUCCAUACACAGAAAGUGUUGACUUUCUGGAAGACUUAGUUAUAGAAUUUAUUACAGAAACAACGCACAGAGCAAUGGAGGUUGGCAGGACAGGCAGAGUGCAAGUAGAAGACAUUAUAUUCUUAGUCCGAAAAGACCAACGAAAGUACGCCCGUGUCAAAGAUCUAUUAACAAUGAAUGAAGAACUUAAGAAAGCAAGGAAGGCCUUUGAUGAAGUCAAAUAUGUUGAAGAUCAACAAUAACAUAAAUCAUGAGUGCUGCAAGCUACUAAGACUGAUGCAAGUAACAAUAUUUGAUUAUAAGCUUCUGUGUACACUUACUAAUAUAUCUGUUUAGUUGCUUUCCUAGUGGUCUAUUACCGCAUCUAUCAGUUAUAUUAUGAAUGAUGUGGAAACACGAAUCCACUGUUUCUCAUAGAGUAGUGUGCAUCUUCCACAAUAAUAUUUCUUAUAGAGUUUUUGGGUUUCCUCCCCCCCUCCAACCCUCCCUUCUCCCUCCAUUCCCUGUGACCUAACCACAGUAUUGCCACUUUUUUAUGUUGCUCAAAUCACCCUUAUGUAGAGAACACCACUGCCCUAUAACGCACAGUCAAUAACAAUAAUAAUUAUAGAGUACAAUAAAAGACCAAUAAAAUAAGAAGAAUAUCUCUAGAUUAUAUUACAACUACAGGUGCUAAUAAUUACAUAGUUUCCUUUUCAUUGAUGUCAGAAAUAAAAAGUAUUUUAUAAUAUAUUAUGCUUCAUAUCCUAGAUAAUUAUAUUGUCAUUGUUAAAUAUUGUUAAUAAAUCCCAAUUUUCUGAUUUUAAUAACACAAUGGUCCAAAUAAUUGUGAAAUGGGUAACUAACCAUCACCUGUACACAUCACAGCAAUGGGUUAUUGUAACUUUAUUUUUUAUGAUCAAUAAAUAAUAGUAUGACUUAUAUUUCAGAAUAAAACAAGUGAAUGCACUGGAAUGAUGUUGUCUUUACACAUGUGGUUAAGGUUGAUAAUUCAAGAAAUGUGUUUAAACUUUGUAGAUUUCUCUUCAUUUCAGUUUUGAAAAAUGUUGACAUUCCUUUCCACAUAGAACCUCAAUGUAAAGUUAGCACUUAAGAGAAUAAAAAUAAGAGUUAUUUUA